AGCCCUAUAAUACUGAGUGAACUGCCAGUGGUGUAAGACAGAUUUACUUCUAGUUCUGUUUUCACUUCAUUUAGAUGUUGGUGAACCGUUUGGUUUGUCUAUCAGUCAUUUUGUUUUAAGUGAUGUCCUGGGCUUUAUACAGAGUUAACUCAGAGCGAUACGAGAUCCACAGAAAGCCGUUUGGAUAGACUUCAAUAAUAAAAAACUUUAUUAAAAAAUCAGAUUUAAAUCCAUGUCAAGUCCAGAAGAUAAACCAGCACGGAAUAAAACUUUAUUAAGGUAGACUAGCUACAUGGCUACCAUUUCCACCCAAGAUGUCUCCGUCAUCUGUCUUCUGGGUUACUGCCCUUUUUAUAUCUGGGCUCCAGCAACAACCAAUGGUGUCUGCUGAUACAAUCACUAACGGCAACCAUAUAUCAUCUCAGGGAAAUAUAACGAGAAUAGUCAGUGAUAGCGAAUCAGAGGAUACGCGGGAAUUAAUCAGCAAUUUGAUUGGUGCUUUAGAAAAGUUGGAUAUUUUAACGACAAAAUCAUCUUCGUGUCACACGUUAGACAAAAUCGUGCGAAAAGUGAAGAAUCUGGAUCAGACCCAAGAUUCAAGAGAAAUCAGAGUUGUUUUGUAUUUUCGUGAAAAUUCAUUAAAUCGUUCUUCACAGGGUAAAAUUCGUCAAACCAAAGAUUUAAAAUCGUUGUCUGAGUGUAGGAAUGUGUUGCUAAGCGACGCCUAUUCGUUAUUACAGAAUCGUGAUAAUUCUAAUAAUUCCAGUAUGAUCAACACGACCGUGGGUAGCGGAGCUCAGAGCGAGCAGAAGGAGGAAGAAGAACAAUAUCAGGGAUUCCUUGGUUUAAGUCGAACACAAGUGGUAGUUAUCUCCACCUGUUCAGCUAUUAUUGGUACAUUCUUCUUCGUAGCUGCUAUAAUGAGAAUCAGGAAUUAUGUAAAGCGAAUACAAGCUGAACAACAAUUACAGCGCCGUCAGACGUUUAGAAGUUGUAGUUUUACACUGGCCAAUAAUAACAGCCCAUCUCGUGAUUCUAGUCAUAGUAAAGCCAGUCCUAAGGGUAGUUAUACAGUACGAAUGCCGAAGGUGAACAGCUCGGGUAAAAUAAGCUCCAAUGGUUCCCGUACUUUACCUGAUACUAAACCACUUCUUACCGUUAAUCCUAUCACCACGACAACCAUAUUACCAUCAAAACUUUCCAACCAAUCACUAGACUAUAUUGAUGAAGAUCCAAAAAUAAUGGAACCAAGCGUUGAUACGAUCAAAGAAGUUGUAAAAGAUGAACCAAAGCCUGCCGAUAAUCAGCCUUUAAUAGAACGGGAACCAUCCCUUAAAAAUAACCCAAACAACGGCAUCAAGCUAGAAACAACACGUGGUUGGACAUUUGACCAGGAUGUAACAGAAGCUGGAAAACAGGGACUACUUCGCGCAAACUCAAGCUUUGAUCAUACUGACAAACGUUACGGUUUGUUGCACGGUAAUUCAGGUGCAGGUAGGCCCACGGGCCUUGUGCGAGCAAUGUCUGGUUUCGACAAAGAUGAUGGUGUCUGUGACACAGUUAUUCCCCUUACAAGAGCAGGGGAGAGCACUCUACAAAACAAUGUUAAACAAUUUCCUUUAAGUAGUGUAUCCCCCAUAGUAGAGGAACUUCCUACUCCAGAAACGGUCGAAUAUUCAAACUUUGGAUUAACCCAAUCAGAUGAGAGUUUAUCCACAAAUGGAAGUUCGCCGUACAGCUACGGCAAUCAAUCGGAAUAUAAAAAUGGUUCCAUGUUUUGUAUUCCGGCGAGAAACAUUAUGGUUAACAAUCUGACUCCAUCCCCUCCUCAGGACAAUUCAAAGGAAGUGGUUUCCAUGUGUCCAAACACAGUUGUAACACAAGAUUCGAUUGGUUCAGGUGUAAUAAAUAAUGACAAACAUUCCAAUGAGAAAACAGGUGUCAUAAUGAUUCCCUCAAAUGUUUCUAUGGAAACAGACAAUGGUACUAACCUAGAUAAACAACCGUUGACUAAUACCAUCAGGGGGCAAUCUGACAAUGUAUCUCCGCAUCCUGAAGGUUCUUGUGAAUCGUCUCCCCUUAACCCAGAAAACAAAUCUCCACAAACUCAAAAACAAAAACCUUCAUUACAGAGAUUAUUAUCUGUGGAUGAUGAACGAACAACCUUUUUAUAAAAAAAAUUAUCUUUUAAUUUCCAUUUUUGUAAAUAGUUGCACCAGUACAUUUGCUUAGAUCUAAUAGAAAAUUUUUUUUAACAAAAAUCUCUCUUUUAAAAUUAAAAAUUUAUAGAAAAAGUUGUGUGAACUGCCCGAAUUAGUGAGUGGUAUCAUGUGUUCUAGAAAUAUUAAACAUACCCUGCCUCAUGUACAACACCCAUCACUACUUAUGGCUGAACAGAGCAAUGAUUUAGAUUGGAUUUCAGAAGCUACUGGUUAUAAGACAAUCUCAGUGUGUGUGCAUGUGCGUGUGCAGUUGGUGUGCUGAUGGAUGUGCUGUGAGAAAUAUAUAUAUAUAUAUAUAUAUAUUAACUGGAUACGAGAAACGGCAACACCCCCUUGAUAGAGUAACUAUAGCUGGACAGGCUGAUAGAUCCAAGGAAAAUGAUACCGGCGGGUAUUACAACCAGAAACGUUAAAUAAUCUCUACUCUAAAACAAGUCUGUUGUGAAGCUGUUUAGCGAGGAUUCCUUAAUCUAUAUAAAUUAACUCAGGAUUGAAAAUGAAGGGCUGACAGCGUCACUAUAGUAACACUGAUGUUGGAAUCUACGAGUACGCAAUCUGUCUAAGAGUGAGAACGGUGUAUAAUAUACUCGAUAUCCUUCACUGUAAGGAGUCACGAUGUACAGUUUGUUAGACUUAUCCUGAUUUUAAAUAUUUAUAAAUACCUGAUCUUCUGUAAGAUGAAUGAAGUGAGAUUAUGUUGUCCUGUUCCUGUUGUCCUGUUGUUUUUGUUUGUGUUAUUUUAUUGUUUAUCAAUAUGUUAACAGAUUUACGUGUUUGUUUA